ACAUGGCGGACGCUUUUGGUGAAGACGAUAUCUUCGCUGUUUUCGAAGAUGAUUCAGGCAAAAAAUCAGAUAAAAACAAUAAGAAAGGGAAGAAGGAAGCUACUGAUUUAUCGACGUCCACAGGAGCGUCAAGUAUCGGAGAGAAAAGAGAAUUUACACCGGGCGCUAUCGACCUCGAUGAUGCUGGAGCUAAGAAAGCGAGAGUUGACGACAUGGAGAGUCUCCUGGAGACAAUUCCCAGAGUUAAUGUCAGAAAUGUUGAAACUAUUGAAGCCUGCACUCACGAGGUGGCAGUUCCAGAAGGAUGUGAUUAUGUUCCAUUAGAGAAAAAGGCAACAAAACCAGCCAAGGAGUAUCCUUUCAUCCUGGAUCCCUUUCAAAAAGAGUCUGUGAAAUGUUUGGAAAACAAUCAGUCAGUCUUGGUGUCUGCUCAUACAUCAGCUGGAAAAACAGUUGUGGCUGAGUAUGCUAUUGCUAUGUCUCUAAAAAACAAGCAGAGAGUCAUUUACACUACACCUAUCAAGGCUCUCAGUAACCAAAAAUACCGUGAGUUGUAUGAGGAGUUCCAGGAUGUUGGUCUGAUGACAGGAGAUGUCACAAUAAAUCCCAGUGCAAGUGCUUUGGUCAUGACCACAGAGAUUUUGAGAAAUAUGCUGUACAGGGGCUCUGAGGUCAUGAGGGAAGUAGCCUGGGUUGUCUUUGAUGAAAUUCACUAUAUGCGAGAUAAAGAAAGAGGUGUAGUUUGGGAGGAAACCAUCAUUCUUCUUCCAGACAAUGUACAUUAUGUGUUUCUCUCUGCUACAAUUCCAAAUGCCAGGCAGUUUGCAGAAUGGAUUGCGCACCUCCACAAACAGCCAUGUCAUGUGGUGUAUACAGACUUCAGGCCUACGCCUCUUCAACAUUAUAUUUACCCAGCUGGUGGAGAUGGUCUUUUCCUUGUUGAGGAUGAAAAGGGAGAGUUUCGUGAGGAGAAUUUUCAAAAGGCCAUGGCUGUUAUAAGAGAAGGAGGAACUGACCCAGGGAACCUGAGAGGAAGGAAAGGGGGGACUAAAGGUCCUUCAAAUUGUUUCAAAAUUGUCAAAAUGAUCAUGGAGAGGAAUUUCCAGCCUGUGAUCAUCUUCAGCUUUAGCAAGAAAGAAUGUGAAGCAUAUGCUUUGCAGAUGUCUAAGCUGGACUUUAAUUCAGGUCAAGAGAAGAAGUUGGUAGAAGAAGUGUUUAAUAAUGCUAUUGACUGUUUAUCAGAUGAGGACAAAACUCUUCCUCAGGUGGAACAUGUUCUUCCCUUGCUGAAGCGUGGUAUUGGCAUUCAUCACUCUGGACUUCUUCCAAUUUUAAAGGAGACCAUUGAAAUUCUCUUCUCAGAAGGUUUAAUCAAAGCUCUUUUUGCCACUGAAACAUUUGCUCUUGGUCUUAACAUGCCUGCAAGAACAGUUGUGUUUACAAAUGCCAGAAAGUUUGAUGGGAAAGACUUCAGAUUUAUAACAUCAGGAGAGUACAUUCAAAUGAGUGGCAGAGCUGGAAGACGUGGCAUUGAUGACAGAGGGAUAGUCAUUUUGAUAGUGGAUGAGAAAAUGGGACCUGAUGUUGGAAAAGCAGUGUUAAAGGGCCAAGCAGAUCCACUGAACAGUGCUUUUCAUCUCACUUACAACAUGGUGUUGAACCUGCUGCGUGUGGAAGAAGUGAAUCCUGAGAUUAUGCUGGAGAAAUCAUUUUAUCAGUUUCAGAAUUAUGCCUCUGUUCCUGGCUUGAUUGAAAAGCUCAAAGAUCUUGAAACCCAGAAGGAAUCUUUGGAAAUCCAAAAUGAAGAAUCCAUUAUGUCAUACUACAAAAUGAGACAACAGAUAAAUAGACUUGGGGAUGAGAUGCUGGGUUAUGUUCAUCAACCUAAGUAUUGCCUUCCUUUUAUGCAACCUGGACGGUUAGUUGAGGUGAAGAAUAAUGACAUUUACUUUGGAUGGGGUGCGGUUCUCAAUUUCCAGAAGAAGGCCAAUCAAAAGAGUGGUCCAACACAUGGGGAGACUUUGUAUGUGUUAGAGGUGUUACUUAAUUGUUCCAGUCAGCCGUUGAAGUCAGCAGAUGGUGAGACACCUCAGCCAUGCGGGCCUGAUGAAAAAGGAGAAAUGCAGGUUGUGCCCAUUUUGUUACAAUUGGUGAAAGCAAUAAGCAGUGUCAGGUUGUACAUUCCUAAGGAUUUGAGGUCACUGGACAGUAGACAGAGUGUCGGAAAAUCAGUCAAGGAGGUACAACGUCGAUUUCCAGAUGGCCUACCAAUGCUGGAUCCUAUAGAAGACAUGGGAAUCAAAGAUGAGGGAUUAAAGUCUGUUAUAAGGAAAAUAGAGAGUUUAGAGCAUAGAAUGUACACUCAUCCAAUGCAUAAAGAUCCUGAUCUGAAAUCCCUGUACAAUUUAUGUGAGAAGAAAGCUCAGAUUAUCAGUGAGAUUAAAACAGUCAAGAAGGAAUUGAGGAGAACAAAGACAGUUCUGCAAAUGGAUGAACUCAAGAGUAGGAAACGAGUUUUGCGAAGGUUGGGAUAUGCCACAGCAUCUGAUGUAAUUGAGCUUAAGGGAAGAGUCGCUUGUGAACUAAGCAGUGGGGAUGAACUGCUACUGACAGAGAUGAUCUUUAAUGGAGUUUUCAAUGAACUGACAGUUCAACAGUGCGUGGCUUUACUCAGCUGUUUUGUGUUUGAAGAGAAGAGUGACGAGAUUCCCAAACUGAAAGAAGAACUAGCAGGUCCCUUGAGACAAAUGCAGGAAUCUGCACGCCGUAUUGGAAAGGUUUCAGAAGAAGCUAAACUUGAAAUAGAUGUGGAGACAUAUGUGGAAUCCUUUAAACCUCAUAUUAUGGACGUAGUGUUUGCCUGGGCAAAUGGAGCCUCAUUCUCUCAGAUUUGUAAAAUGACUGAUGCGUUUGAAGGCAGUGUUAUUCGUUGUAUGCGACGCUUGGAAGAACUCUUGAGACAAAUGUGUCAAGCAUCCAAAGCCAUAGGAAACACAGAGUUGGAAAACAAGUUUGCAGAGGGAAUAAUCAAAAUCAAGCGGGAUAUCGUUUUUGCUGCCAGUUUGUACCUCUGAGAUGUGAAGAGAGAGUAUUUACCUAUUUUUCUUUGGAUCUGUGCGUGGUUCAGCGUCACUUAUGUAUGAUAGACAGAGAAAUCCUAAAAUAAUUAUCUGCCGGAAGGUCAACACGUAUAGACUAGAAUUCACAGGGACUACCUUUCCCUCCUUGUACUCUUCAACAUCGCCAACCUUGUCUACAAAGGUUAUUUUUUGAUGGACAUUGUAGUAAUGUGAAAAGGACACUUCCAAGAAGCAAGGAGAAAGAAUAUCGAAUUAAUGUUAGUAUCUGAGAAACUGCUCACCUACCCCUCCCCUAACCCAACAACAGUCAACUGAUAACAAGUUAGAGUUAAUCUUGGGUGAAGGGAGGGGUGGGUGUGCGGCAUCUCAGUUACUGACUUUGAUCCAGAAUAUCUAGCUUGGAUUCGCCAUUCUUUCCGCGAUAAAUUUUGUAAAUACUUUAUUGUAGAGUUGUGAUUAAA